UUCAGUGAGCAGUUGUGAUCCACGAUCUUUCUUGGGGAUCCUGAAGGCAGCGAAAGUAUCCGGAUGUGACGCAAGUACGCAAAUGAGAUCGUCAUCAUUCAAGAUGGCAGCGCUGACGUCCUUGAUGCUCAAGUGUAGAGCAGGUGUGUUGGUGCCUGGCCAGACCUCUCUGAUAGACUCCGUGAGGUUUGCAUCUAAGAAGGCGGGCGGCAGCAGUAAGAACGUCGGAGGAAAGAGCCCCGGUCGGAGAUAUGGCUUCAAGAAACAGGAUGGAAACUUUGUCCAUGCGGGGAACAUCCUGGCAACACAGAGGGUGAUGAGGUAUCAGCCAGGAGCACACGUGGGUAUGGGAACCAACAAGACACUCUUUGCUCUGGAGGACGGCCACGUCAGGUUCACCAAGGAGGUCUACGUCCCCCCCCCACGCAGCCCCGAGGCCACCCAGGUCAUCACCAAGCUGCCAAAGGGAACGGUGCUCUACAAGACCUUCAUCAACGUCCUGCCAGUCAAACAGGAGGGCAAGUUCAAACUGGUGGACAUGGUCUAAGACUGCUGGACUGGACUGGGACGUUAUGGUGUCCCACGUAUUCUUGUGUUGGCCAGAAUCAAUCGGAGGAUUUGUGUCGAUUGACACGCACUGAUUUGUGGAGAUCUAAGUGGACAGCAGCCAGAGAGCAGAGCUGAGUCUGGGGAGACCUGCAGACUCUGGGCCUUCCUCGGCUUCCUGUCCCCAUCAUUAUGUGAUAAACUCUAUUGCACCUAUAAAACAGAAGUUUAUGUACACAAGACAUAAUAAAAUGUUUCCACU